AUGGACCGAAGUAUUGCGGACUUUUAUGAUGGACAAUCAAUUUUUAUAACUGGAGGUACAGGAUUUCUUGGAAAGGUACUCGUAGAAAAGUUACUGUAUAGCUUUUCCGGAAUUAGUAAAAUUUAUCUUCUAAUGCGACAAAAGUGUGAUGCUGAUAUACAUAAAAGUCUUCAAGAUAUGUUGGAAAAACCGGUAUUUUUACGACUGAGAAAUGAAAGACCAAAAUCUUUAAAUAAAAUUAUACCAAUUAUCGGUGAUAUUUCUGAACCAAAACUUGGAAUUAACGAAGAAGAUGAACAAAUGUUAAUAGAAAACGUAUCAAUAGUGUUCCAUGCGGCUGCUACGGUGAGAUUCAAUGAACCGUUGAAAAUUGCCGUCAACAUCAAUGUAUUGGGCACGUUACGUGUUCUAGAUCUUUGUCAGCGAAUGCGAAAUAAAAAGGCUUUUGUUCAUGUGUCUACUGCGUACAGUAACGUUAACAGGAAAUUUGUAGAAGAGGUGAUAUAUCCAGCUCCAGCUACGUUAGAAGAAGUUGAAAAUUUAAUAAAAGCUGGUAUCACUAAAGAUGAAGUUCAACGACUUAUAAGUACAAAAGGAAGAAAAAACACAUACUUAUUCACGAAAGCAAUUGCUGAGUCCAUGGUGGCCCAAAACCAUGACACCAUACCAACAAUAAUAGUUCGACCAUCAGUAAUAACAUCGAGUAAAGUAGAACCUAUAGUUGGUUGGAUAGACAGUUGGCUUGGCGCGUCUUCGCUUACGAAUGCAAUCGCUAAGGGCCUGAACCGAGUAAUACUCGGGCACCCUAAUAAUUGUGUAGAUCUUAUACCAGUUGAUUACGUAUCAAACCUCAUCGUCGUUGCCGCUGCAAAGGGUACGAGGUCGGAAGAUGUCGCAGUAUAUGGGAGUUGUACAAGUGAAAUAAAUCCUAUUACGAUGAAGAGUCUCAUAGAUAUGUGCAUAACUGAGACCGUCAAACAUAAAUUUAAUGACCUACCUAUGCCUUUCUGCUUUUAUACAAGAUCUAAGUGGCUUGUAACAACCAUCACAUUUUUAAUACAAAUCAUUCCAGCAUACAUAGCUGAUAUGUUUUUAUGGAUUAUUGGAAAAAGAAAAAGAUAUUUAAAAUUACAAACCACCGUAACUUUAGUUCGCGACACUUUAGAAAAUUUUACAAAUAAUAGCUGGGUGAUUAGUGCAGCGAAGUCUACAGCUUUGUACAAAAGUUUAUCCCCAUCGGAAAGAGAACAAUUUCCCUUUGACCCUGCGGACAUCGAUUGGAAGGAAUAUAUACCUAGUUACUGUGCUGGACUUGGGGUUAAAAUAUAUGAUUUUGGUGGAAAACAAGCAACUUGGUGUACCAAAGCUGCGCUGCGCGCCUUUUGUGUAUCAUCCCGCUUGAUGUGUUCGAGUUGUUUGUUAUUGGUG